GAAUAUUUUGAAAACGCUCGCCCUGGGUCAGAUGUUGUCCUUGUGCAUAUGUGGAACAGCCAUCACCAGCCAGUAUUUGGCAGAAAAAUACAAAGUGAACACCCCCAUGCUUCAGAGCUUUAUCAACUACUGCCUGCUGUUUCUGAUUUAUACGGUGAUGCUGGCGUUUCAGUCAGGCAGUAACAACCUUUUAUACAUCUUGAAAAGAAAAUGGUGGAAAUACAUCCUGCUGGGACUGGCAGACGUGGAGGCCAAUUACCUGAUUGUGAGAGCGUACCAGUACACGACGCUAACCAGCGUCCAGCUUUUGGAUUGCUUUGGGAUUCCGGUGUUGAUGGCCCUCUCAUGGUUCGUUCUUUAUGCGAGAUACAGAGUGAUCCACUUCAUUGCUGUGGCUGUGUGUCUGCUGGGCGUCGGGACUAUGGUUGGUGCAGACAUACUGGCAGGGAGGGAAGACAAUUCAGGCAGCAAUGUGCUGAUCGGUGACAUCUUGGUCCUUGUGGGCGCUUCCCUCUAUGCCAUUUCCAAUGUGUGCGAGGAAUACAUUGUGAAGAAGCUGAGCAGGCAGGAGUUUUUAGGAAUGGUGGGCUUAUUUGGAACAAUCAUCAGUGGCAUACAGCUAUUGCUUGUGGAAUAUAAGGAUAUUGCCAGCAUUCACUGGGACUGGAAAAUUGCCCUGCUGUUCGCGGCAUUUGCCCUCUGUAUGUUCUGCCUGUACAGCUUCAUGCCACUGGUGAUUAAAGUUACCAGUGCCACCUCUGUCAACCUGGGCAUCCUGACAGCCGACCUCUACAGCCUUUUCUUUGGGCUCUUUCUCUUUGGCUAUAAGUUUUCGGGGCUCUACAUCCUCUCCUUCACCGUCAUCAUGGUGGGCUUCGUCCUGUACUGCUCCACGCCCACGCGCACGGCAGAGCCGGCCGAGAGCAGCGUGCCCCCGGCCGCCAGCAUCGGAAUCGACAACCUGGGGCUGAAGCUGGAGGAGAGCCUCCCGGAGGCCCACUCUGCAGUCCUGUAGCCGGACAAGGGGCGCCCGUCCCCCGAGGCUUCCUGGGAAAUGGGGAGCUGCCACCGGAGAAAGCAGAGCCUGCUGACUGCUGAGGGGAUACCUGGAAAAUGACCAGCCUGAGAGCAGAUGCCCCACGGCAUUGGAUGGGACCCACUGGCUAGAUCUUACAAAGGAACACAAAAUAAUGUUCCAGAUGUGCAAAAUACCAAGGUGAAGCGGAAGCCAAGCUAGGACUGUGCUUCUGUGUGUGUGAGGACCAACACCUGGUAGUGUCAGGAGACCAGGUGUGGCCCCACUCCGGGGACUUGGAGGCACAGGUGAGCGAGCAGGACGGGGCAGGUGCCCACACAUGAGCCAGCCUCAGGACAGGGCUG